GAGAGAGAGAGAGAGAGAGAGAGAGACUGAGAGGUGUGUGCUAAAGAGGCCACAGCACCCUCUAUCCAAGUCUGUGGUCAGUUUGCUGUGUGCUUGCCUUGGCUGCCGGACCUGCCCGCGCGCUCCCAUCCAGCCGGACACGGACGCGACGGACAAAUUCGAACAGAACACGCGGGACCGUACCGCACGGGUGAACUGCAGAGCAAAAAGGACUUCAGCUCAACUUCAAACUUUGCUGAAAGUGAAAAGGAGACUGUCAAGCACUGCAUCCCUUUUUUCCUCCCCUUUUUUUUAGUCUAACCAAGAGCAGGCCUGCUCUACUUUUUUGGGAACUAUACAUGAUCUCAGUUCUCGCUGGGUCUCAAAAAUCCAGAAAAGUUUAAAUUUUUUAAAAUUUUUAAUUUAUUCAUAAAUUCCUCACAAGUCAUGGAGGUGGCUGACCAGUCCCGUUGGAUGGCGCAUCAUCACGCCGUGCUCAACGGUCAGCACCCGGACUCUCACCAUCACGGCCUCGCGCACAACUACAUGGAGCCUAUGGCGCCCCUCUUGCCUCCGGACGAAGUGGACGUGUUUUUAAACCACUUGGACUCGCAGGGCAACCCGUACUACCCCAAUUCCAGAGCCAGAGUCUCCUACAGCCAAGCUCACGCUCGUCUCGCGGGCAGUCCGGUGUGCCGGCCGCACCUCAUCCACAGCCCCGGUCUGUCGUGGCUGGACAGCGGCAAGGCGGCGCUUUCUGCAGCGCACCACCACAACGCCUGGGCGGUCAGCCCGUUCGCCAAAGCCGGUCUGCACGCGGCCAGCGCGGGCUACCCGUGCAGCAGCAGCGGCGGCGGAGGCUCAGGCUCCAGCUCGGGUUCCGUCUCCAGCUCGGCCCCAGUCCCGGUCCCUGCGCCCGCGCCAUCGAGCCACGCGAGCCCGCACCCGCUCUACAACUUCCCACCCACCCCGCCCAAAGACGCGUCCCCUGACCCGGGGCCCUCGUCGCCAACGGCCUCCGCCACCAGGAUGGACGAGAAGGAGGCCGUCAAGUACCAGGUGGCGCUGGCCGACGGUAUGAAGAUGGAGGGCUGCAGUCCCCUGCGCAGCAGCCUGGCCAUGGGCGCCCCAGCGCCCUCCGCCCACCACCCCAUCCCCACCUACCCCGCGUACUCCCUGCCCGCACCACACGACUACGGCGCCAGCCUCUUCCACCCGGGCAGCCUGCUCGGGGGCUCCACGUCCAGCUUCACGCCCAAAUGCAAAAGCAAGACCCGCUCGAGCUCAGAGGGGCGUGAGUGUGUGAACUGCGGCGCUACCUCCACCCCUCUCUGGAGGAGAGACGGAACGGGCCACUACCUCUGCAAUGCCUGCGGCCUGUACCACAAGAUGAAUGGUCAGAACCGGCCACUCAUCAAGCCCAAACGCAGACUGUCUGCGGCGCGGCGCGCGGGCACCUGCUGCGCGAACUGUCAAACCACCACCACCACACUGUGGAGGCGCAACGGCAACGGAGACCCGGUGUGCAAUGCCUGCGGCCUCUACUACAAACUGCACAACGUCAACAGACCGCUGACCAUGAAGAAAGAGGGCAUCCAGACGCGCAACCGCAAGAUGUCCAGCAAGUCCAAGCGCAGCAAGCGGGUGGGCGAUGGCUUUGAGGAGCUGUCCAAGAGCAUGCACGACAAAACAUCACCCUUCUCGGCUGCCGGGGCCAUGGCAGGCCACAUGACCCACAUGGGCCACCUGCCACCUUUCAGCCACUCUGGCCACAUGCUGCCCACACCCACUCCCAUCCACCCCAGCUUCAGCCACCACCACACUGGCCGCUCGCCUGCCUGGGCCGAGCCUCACUGAGGGUGCAUCCCGAGUUGCCCCAUCACAAAUGCCUCUACACCUUUCCUCCUCACCUACUGCAGUGGUCACAACACAACUCCUGGAAAUCUAACUUGCUACAGGGUUUAGUUCCAAGCCCAAUCCAGCACAUUUGGUCCAGCUAAUGAGUAGCUAUGUUAAAAAAUAUACUCUAUAUAGGGAUAUAUUCUGGGAUCAAUUUUUGUAGGGAUAUCCAAAAAUAGGGUGGGAAACAUCUAGUGCACUCUAACAAUCCCACAAUGUACCACAAUAGUUAGGGUACUGGAAAAUAUCCAGUGUAGUGAAAAACAUAGUGGGAAACAUCCACUGCACUCUUACAGUCUCACAACGUACCGCUACAGGUAGUGUACCAACAAUGUACCCUACAGAGCACAGAAUACUUAUAACACGGUAUGUCGAAUGCGACGGAAUGUGUCUAAUUUCAUAGGAUAAUGAUCUAACCUGCGUAAUGUUAGUGUACGAAACUGUGCAUAUUUAUCAGAAUCAUGAAUUCUGUUCUGUGCAAUAGUGUUUUAUAAAGUUUCCCUGGUUUUCCAACAUAAAGAAUAGUGAUUAGGGGUGCAUUUUCAAACACAGCAAAUAUCUUCAGAAGUCCCUGGUUAUCUGGAUUGGGGUGUGAGAUUUGGGUUGGAGGUGUAUCCUGUAGGAAAACUGAUGUCUAGGAGGAGGGUUGGUGACCACUCCCUGGUCUUCACAAGUACCUCUACAGGACAUGGAGAAAAAAUCCUGGUUGGCCGCUGCAUAAGAAGGCGUGGCUAUGUUUCCACACAAAUGACCAUAAAGAGACAAUGUUUGUGCUGUUUUUCCCCUAAAGCUGAGGGGCUGGAGUGUAAAGAGGACAUUUUGCUUGUUUAAAAGCCCCACCCCCCCUCUCACGGACACAGACUUAACAAGAUUGUGAUGUUUUGAGGGGGAAACUCCCGAUGCUUUUAACCUUUCUUUAUUUUGUACUGAGUCACUUUGGUACUGCCCGAAAGAGAGGAUGUGUGUUACAGCCGAGUCACUGUGUAAGAGUGUGUGCGUGUGUGUGUGUGUGCGCUGGUGCCAUCAGCCGCUGCCACUGGUAAACUGAACGGAUACGGCUCACGGUUUGCAAAGGCCUGGCUCUCGGACUCUAUACCAGAGAAUAGAGAGAGAGAAAGAGAGGUAGAGAAUAUAGAUGGACUGCUUGUUCUAUGCCUACAUGCUGGGAUAUACACACUCCACGGACAUGACGUCCUCUGAACAGACUCUAUGGACACGACUAGCAAGCAAAACAGAUGUUUAUAAAGCUUGAUUGUUAUUAUCGUUAUUGUUAUAAUUGUUAUGAUAAUUUAUUUUCACACUUUCUUUUUUUCCGCUCUCCUCAAAACCAUAUGGGUAUAUUGUUAUAAUUAUAAAUAUUAUUUGAUUAUUAAUAUCAAAAGAAAGAAAUGAAAAAAAAACAAACAAAAACACAAAAAAACAAACAAACAAAAAAAUCAACACUGACUUAUCUUAGCCAAGGCGAUGUUGCUGAACUGUACGUUUUUAUCAUUUUCCAUUACACAAAUAAAGGAAAUAAAGUUUUAA